UGAAUUGUGAUUCAGUUGCCAGCCAGUUGCCAGUUCGAGCUGUCCGAUCUUAAGAGAUUACGGAGUGAAAAUGUCACGCAGAGCGAUCAAGACAAUUAAUUGGGCGGCACUUGCUGAAAAACUUCCGGAAACAGAAAAACCUGCGUUGGCUGCUUUUAAAGCCAAGUCUGAUCAAUACUUGCGACGAAUGACUGCAAAUCCAGAAAUACCUCAGAAAAUUGAUUGGCCAUAUUAUAAAAAGAACGUCGCAAUAUCUGGAUUAGUUGAUAAAUUUCAAAAAGACUACGAGUCUCUUACAAUACCAUAUCCUACAGAUAAGUAUACUUCUCAAGUUGAGGCUCAAGAAAAGCAAGUGCUUUCUCAAAUUGAAGAAUUUAUUAAUCAAUCAAAUGAACGCAUCGCUAACGCUACCAAAGAAAUUGAAAAAAUAAAAAGUUUGUUGCCAUUUUCUGAAAUGACAAUGGAAGAUUACUUUGAUGCUUUUCCGGAACAGGCUAUAAACGCAGAAAAGCCUUCAAUUUGGCCACAUAUACCCGAAGUUCAGCCAGAAAAUGAAAAAGGACGACCUGACCAUCAUUAAUGUAUUGCGAUAUGUUUGAAAUAAAAUAUGAAGAAUAUAGCUUUAGUUCAUCUAUAGAAU